AUGGCAAUCACAAUUAGGAGCAUAUUUCUUUUCUUCUUCGUCUUCCUAGUGCUAUCUACUUAUAACCUAGUAGUUUAUGGACAAGACAGGGAGGAGAGGAAGCCCUGCGUCUUCGAAGACCAACACUUUCAGACAAAGUUCGAGUCAGAGUAUGGAAGAAUUAGGCUUCUUCUACACUUUGCCGAAAGGUCCAAGCUACUCGCAGGCCUCAUUAACCAUCGAGUCUCCAUCCUCGAAGCCAAUCCCAACACUUUCAUAGCUCCAUACCAUUUGGAUGCCGACGCCCUCUUCUUCGUGGCCGAGGGUAAAGCAACUAUCAACUUGGUUCGUCAGGACAAAAGAGAGACUUUCGGUCUAAAGAGGGGCGAUAUCAUUCGAAUCCCUUCUGGUAGAGCCGUCUACUUGAUUAACAAAGACAGAAACGAGAAGCUUGUUGUGAUCAAGCUUCUCCAGCCUUGA